AUGGCUGGCGGUCCCGUUCCCGUGUGGAAAAAGUACACAUCCAGACCUGCUGGUAUUUGGGAGAAGAUCAGACAGGUCUUGGUCCUUGUGCCCAACAGAUCUUCUGGUAACCCAUUGCCUUCCUUGUACAGAGCUGUUCCUCCAGGUGCCAGAAUCCAGGAAGCCAGAGACUACAAAGAACCUAUCACCAUCCCUGCCGGUGACGUUGUUAACAACCCAUACUUCAAGCGUGACUAUAGAAGAAACUACCCACAGAUUCAUGGCUUUGACCAGACGAAGGUCUCGGGCUUGUUGACCUUGGGUUCCGCUGCGAAGCCCAGAAUCUCCAUCGGUGACAAGGGCUCCAAAGAGUUGGCAGCUUUUGGGCUGGACCAGAUUGUCAGCUUGUCGACCACUUUGAGCACUGUCAAGCCUAAUGUUGUCAAGGGUGAGCUUUUGGGUGAGGUUGGUGAGCCUAUUGUCGCUCCUUCUUUGAACAAGUUCCACUGGACCAUCAUGAAGGAACCUGUUCACGGCAUGUACAAUGAUGACACUGACGUCUACCCAUGCCGUUUCUUCACCGACACCAAGACUGCUGAGAGAGCUUCUGCCGUCAACUAA